CCUCUGUCGCUUGACGGCGGUCACACAAGCUCGUCAGCUGUACGAGCAGCGACAGAAACGCUGACCCAUUUUACUGUAGCCGUGGAGGGACAACGACAACAACAGCAGCAGCGACGAAACGACACUUCCACAGCCUCUGACCGGAUAGGGAAAGCCCUCUAUGUGGUUCUCUAACACCCCUGGAAACACCUGUCUCCUCCACCAACCUGACUUGAUUAAAACCAUCACAGGGAUUAGAUGGUGUGGCUGAACGAGAGGAAGAAGAGAGAGAAAGAACCUUGGAGAACUUGUGGCGGCUUUUGGUCACAGAGGCCAUUGUUCAACAGAAGCUUCUCAAGGGACGAAAAGCCAUUGAAAAGUCUGUAAUGGCUGAGCUGUCAUCAGCACAGGUGAGUGAAUGCACCUGAGCAUUACUGCUGCUGCUGCUGCUGCUGCCACCGCUGCAGCCCCUGGACAUUUAUUGCGCAGUAAAAAAGGGAAGAUCCACAUACUGUGACACCAGGAAGGACAGAAUCCCCCACAUUUCUUUUUGUCUGGAUCGUUUUUUAAUCUGGAUUCUCUCACCUGGGAGGGGAGCGAAUGACUAAUUGUGGUUUUGGGAGCCGUUUGAGCUGAGCUGCAGAGGCUCAAGCGUGUCCACACGCAGACAUGAAAUACAUGGAAGAAGAACACACAGUGUUUUUGAGCAGCUGAGUCCGUGAAGGCCCCAGCGCUGGCCAUGUUGGAUCUCUUCCUCAGAGUGCUGGCGUUGACCCGUCUUCACCCGUCGCCUCGCAGCGGCACGCUGCCAACCUAAACCCUCACUCUCUUCCUGCAUUCCUCUUCUUCCACUGCCUGGUCGGGAGAAAGGUCUUCUUAAGGUCUUCAAGAAAAAUGUCCUAUGCACAUCACAAGCUGCUCACCUGGAGCGAACCUCACUUCGCCCUCCUGCCGCUGACCUACCUGUGGCUCGUGGCUCUGACCACAGGGGUGUCGGCAGAUCUGUGCAGGGUGACUGGCGGGGUUCUGGGGAUGCACUGGAGCAGCGCCGUCGGCCUGGGUUGGUACCCUAUAGCAGACGGGAUAGGCGGGGCAACAUGUUGGGAGUCCUGCUGCUUACAUCAGCACUGCAGUGCCGUGUGGAGCAUCGGCGGGCGCUGCAUCCUCCUCAGCUGCUCGAGGAAGAAGGGCUGCCCCAUCACUUUCCUGCCCCAGCCUCACCAGGAGUCUCUUGGCCUCCUUCAGUUGCUCUCCAAGGGUCCCGUCCGAGCGAAACGCAGAGCGGCUCGUCGUGCACUUCCCGCCGGAAGCAGACCACACCCAGGAGACCUCACAAGCACGGAAAGUUUCAAGCUGGAAACAUCUUUCCCCACUCCGACGUCACCCAGCACCAUCGCAGUCCAGGUACCCCAAAAGAGCCUUAGCCAUUCAUCCAAUGGGAGUUCAGACACAGCUGUAGCAUCAUCACAACAAAACUCAACGGUGGACAACACCGUUGAUAGUCCGGCGUCUUCCAACAGCAGUGAUGUCACCUCAAUCACAACCGAGCUGAAUGUCAUCACAACUCCAACAAAGGCUGCAGUGAAGGAGCUGGUGGUGUCAGCGGGACAGAGCGUGGAGGUCACACUUCCCCGCAACGAGGUUGAACUCAAUGCCUUUGUGGUCCCACCGCCUCCGACAGGGACGAACUAUGCAUUUGACUGGCGCUUGAUAUCACAUCCCAAAGAUUACAGUGGGGAGAUGGAAGGAAAGAAAAACAAGACUCUUAAACUCAGCAAGCUGACUGUGGGUCUGUAUGAGUUUGAGGUGAUGGUGGACGGAGGGGGAGCUCAUGGAGAAGGUUUUGUCAACGUCACGGUCAAACCAGAGCCUCGGGUAAACAAGCCUCCUGUUGCCAUAGUUUCCCCAAAGUUCCAGGAGAUUUCCUUGCCAACCAGCUCUACGGUGAUCGACGGCAGCCAGAGCACUGAUGAUGACAAGGUCGUUGCAUGGUACUGGGAAGAGGUCAAAGGUCCACUGAGGGAGGAGAAGGUCUCUGCCGAGACACCCGUCCUCACCCUCACCGGCCUAGUGCCUGGGAACUACACGUUCAGUUUAACAGUGACAGACUCGGAUGGAGCCAAACACUCGACGCAGGCCUCCCUCUCUGUGAACAAAGCCAAGGAUUACCGGCCCGUGGCCAAUGCCGGCCCUAACCAGGUCAUCCAGUUGCCUCGCAACUCCAUCACUCUGUACGGCAACCAAAGCAACGACGACCACGAUUCACUGUCUUAUGAGUGGUCCCUGAGCCCCGAGAGCAAGGAUAAAGUGGUGGAGAUGCAGGGCGUACGGACACCGAUUCUGCAGCUGUCAGCGAUGCAGGAGGGGGACUACACCUUUCAGCUGACUGUGACAGACUCAUCUGGACAGCAGGACACCGCCCAGGUCACGGUCAUUGUGCAGCCAGAAAACAAUAAACCACCAGUAGCAGAUGCAGGACCAGAGAAAGAGCUGACUCUGCCAGUCGACCGGACCACACUGGACGGCAGUAAGAGCAGCGACGAUCAGAAGAUUGCCACCUACCACUGGAUACAAACCAGCGGUCCUGUUGAUGUAAAGAUCGAGAACGCAGACGGUGCUGUUGCCACGGUGACAGGUCUGGAGGUCGGCAGGUACGAGUUCACCCUGACUGUAAUGGAUGAGAGGAAGCUGCAGAGUACAGACACUGUCGCGGUCAUUGUCAGAGAAGAGUUGGACCAGCCACCUGUGGCUCACGUCGUGUCGAGUCCACCCAUCGCUCUGCCUGUCAGGACCGCCAUUCUGGACGGAUCCCACUCAACUGACGACAAAGGUGGAGUCACUUACCUGUGGACCAGAGACGAUACCAGCCCAGCUGCAGGGGAUGUACUGAACAACUCUGACCACCAGGCGGUGCUGUUUCUGGGAAACCUGGUUAUGGGGAAGUACAGCUUUAGCCUGACUGUGACCGACAGUAAAGGACAGACCAGCACUGACCGAGGGACAGUGGAGGUCAAAGCAGACACGUGGGAACGUGACCUGGUGGAGUUGGUGUUGGAGGUUCCAGUAUCACAGGUGUCCCAGCACCAGCGUGACAUGCUGCUGCGCCAGGUCGGCGUUUUACUGGGCGUCCUGGACAGUGACAUCAUCGUGCGAGAUAUCACUGCAUUUAAUGAGCACAGUACUUGUUUGGUCUUCCUGGUGUCGGGUGGUCCAGGGCGCCCUCCUCUGUCUGGACACAGUGUUGCAUUUGGCCUACGCAACAAACUGCGCAAGCAGAAGAACGACUUCCUCAUCUUUAAAGCUCGACGAGUGGAUACAGUCAUCUGUCAGCUGAACUGCUCCAGCCACGGUGAGUGUGACUCAUUCACACGACGCUGUGUCUGUCACCCAUUCUGGAUGGAGAACUUCAUCCGAACUCAGUUUGGAGAUGCAGAGAGCAACUGUGAGUGGAGCGUACUCUACGUGACCAUAGCGUCUUUUCUGAUCGUGGUUGCUAUAGCAACAGUGUUCUGGGGUAUGGUGUGUUGCUGCAGGCGGCGAAAGAGCAAAGUGCGCAGAAGCAAAAGUCGAUACAAGAUACUAGAAGCUGACGAGCAAGACAGUUUGGAGCUUCAGCUGCCGAGAGUUGCACGUCUGAAGCCAGUACCUGCUCCCACCUCCUCCGCUCUCAUGCACUCGGACUCUGACCUGGACAGCGAUGACGGGCACGGCGGCGUGCCGUGGACGGAGCAGGAGCGCGGGCACCUCCUCCGGCCCCAGAACGGCUCUCUGAGGAACGGCCAGGGGCCGACCAGGGCCAAGAAGCAAAGGGAGGAACGGCUAUAGCAAGAGAGGAGGAGGGAGCUCGCUGCUGCCCUCACACACCCCUCCUCUGACCAUCACACCCCCUCUGUUCCUCACUCUUCCUCUUUUGUUUUUCUUCAACACAAAAACCUCGCACCUCUCAUUCAUGAAGACAGACGGCAUGAUACCUGGAUUUGGGAAACACAUGCUGGAAACAUGUGUCACAGCAAAAAACACCCAUUAUACCGGAAUAUUCCUGAUUGUUCUGAGCCAAUGUGAAGGGGGAAAAAAAACAUCACUCAAUUUUGGGUGAGCACUGUGUUUUGUAUUGUAUAAAAUAUGACAUAGACCCCUUUUAUGUAACACAGAGACAUAAAGAAUGUACUGUUACCCCUCUGACUGAGGCACACAUUAGUUACACUUGACUUUCUGGAUUGACAAAAAAAAAGCAAAAGCUGCAUUAGUGACAUGAAAACCAGCCACUUGACUCACUCACACCUUGCCUCUUGUAACAGACGUAAAUAAUCGCACACAAACCCAUCGUCGUCACACUGUGCCAGGUCAACCUGGUGCUACCAAACACUGCCGUGGUUUUUUUCUGCUCUGAGGACGUUUCAGACAGUCACCUAAAGAAAAAAAAAACCCAUACGUGCAUGAAGAAUCAGAUCGCAGUUGUGGCACAAUACGACACUGGAAUGACCGUCUGCAUGUUUGUGUGAGUGGAGUGUAUGUGUGGGUUUGUCUGGCUGCUGUGCCAAAAAACAUGUGAUCUUCAGUGCAUUUUAUUUAAUUUUAUGUUUGUUAAUAAUUAACCCACGGAAGAGCCGCUGUGUUGUCGGUGAGUUUGGGACAGAAGAUCUUUUUUUUAUCUCUUUAUCUCUCAAAAAAGCAACAUGUUUUUUAUUGUGAAAGCUUCUCUGUGGAUUAAAUCCACAAGGACACACACACACACACACUGGAACACACAUCGUUAAUGAGUGAGGAAGAUAAUUAUAAGUUCACAACAAAGAUAAUUGGGACACGGCUUCCAUUAUCUCAAUUUACCGCGGUGUAACAAAUGCUUAAACCGUGGAGACUGCUUUGUUUUUUUUAAACAACCUUUACGCUGUGAUUAGAUUUCAAUGCACUUUGAUUUCAUGUCUGUCAGUCUUAUUUUUGUCUCACUGGUUGGAAGUUCAGCCAAAAACACUGAAUAAUUCUGCUGCAGUUUUUUUUCCCCUUGAAUAUAGAAAGGAAAUCUGAAGAACUUGAGCAAACCUGAACACAGCUCAUAUCCAGAGGCAUCCUUAGUAACUGUUACAUACCUCUAGGUGCAGUAGGCAGGAUAGUAUUAGCAUAUUAACAAUCCCUUAAUAACCUUUCAACAUAAUGUAAAUCUAUUUGAGAGAUUUGAGAGGACGACGCAGCAGUUCAGAGUGCGAGCGGGCACAUCUAAUGGCUGUUUUACUGCAACUGCUGUACACACAACUGCCUAUGACACAAAGACACCUAAAUAUGAAAACAGAGAGUUGGACUUAAAGGUAAUUAAAUGCAUUUAAAUAUCAGUGAGUAUUAGUCCAAUCCAAGUGUGGUCCUGCCUACUGCAAGUGAAGGUGAAUAGGACAAUAUUGUAUAAUUGAUGUCUAUCAAAGUGGGAUUUUAAGUUUCUCUGUAAUUUCAGCAACAUUUAUCCAAUUGCUUUUCUUGUGGCACAUAUUCACACAUCUGUGCGAGAGGCCCUGACCUGAUCGAGACUGAAAUUCAAGAUUAAAACAGUCAUCACUAAACCUCCAUUGGUAAUGAAAAUGGGUCGUGGGCUCAAACUGAGCUUUAUCAGGACAACUAAUUGUUUAUUUUUCCACAAAAUCAGGAGGGAUGUUUGCCUGAGAUGCACCAGUUACAGAACACACAAUAAUCGAGACAAAUCUGCUGUGUCAGUGUCAUUCUAAGGUAUUUCUGAACUUGCACUGAUUGAACACAUGAACCAAAAUGAAGAGUCAUUUGGAGAGCUGAGCGUGUGAUCGCUUUGCACACAGAAUGUGAAACUGUUCCAUGAGUCCACAUUUUGAGGCACUUGUUGAUUGUUAAAGGGGUACACUGUUAAUUCACUUCAGCUUGUACUCCAUGUGAAAUGAGCAAUCAUUUAAAAGUGGUUUGUUUUCGCACUGUCGAGUCAAUUACUGCUGAUUUCAGUUCAAUUCAUUGUUUAAAUUUUCUUUUUGUCACACAUAGAACUGUGUUGUUGAUUCACGGACAUUCUCUAUUCAAAAAGAUAAGACCAUUCCAAGUCUUUUUAUACCAAUUUAACGAUACUGAAUUUCAAAUUUCUUCUGUUGUGUGCAACACUGGCCCGUGACAUUUGGGAUUAAAUAAACUGACCUUGACUCUGAUGGAGUCUUCUGUGAAGGCAGAAGGAGAAAGGAAAAGCAACUAAAGGGAAUUUAAUUUAAAAUGUUUAACAGGAAGUAUGUUUUAAUGAAGGAUUACUCCUCCUUUCUGUCUUUGUUUUCUUUAUGUGACCAGACCUGAAGCAACUGGAUUAUCUGUAAAUUAAAAUAAAAGGUUUCUGUUUGUUCUUGA